GCUAAACGUUAACUCGGCCGAGCAAGGAAACUCUGAAAGUGUUGUCUGAAAGAGUAUUUAAUAUUAGCGUAUUAUUGGAUUAUAUAGUAAGUAUGUAUUAUUUUUAAAUCUUUCAAGUGACUGGUAUUUUUGGUGGACAUAUCUUCCUGAAGGAAGAUAGCGAGCUAUCUACGCGCCUAGGUGCAAAUGUCACGACCACGUUCAAGAUCACCCAUUAAUUCCUACAGAAACACUGCAAUGUAUAGAAGGAGUCCUGGAAGACGAGAUGAGAGAGCUUUUUCAGACCAGUAUGUCCCUGGCCCACCACGGAGGGUUCCUGAGAUGCAUGGCCCCCCUCAUUGGAAUGAUGCACGCAUGUCAAGGGAAGGACCGCCGAACGAAUGGGGCCGGUUCAACAAAGAGUUCAUGCCACACGGCGACAGAAGACCACCGUCACCAGAGGAGUAUAAGCCCAGACGUUCGCCCCCUGAGUAUUUGAAUCGUCAGAGAAGCCCCCUCAGGCCACCACCUUUGGGAUAUGCAGAGCGGAGGAGGUUAUCUCCAAAAGUCUUUGACGAAAUGCAAGGCCAUUCUCCCCGACGGCUUCCCAAAGAAAGACAACCAUCACCGGCGUUCGCUUUUGACCAUCACCACAGACGCCCAUCCCCUGACUGGGCCAGGAACGAGCAUGGCGUUGGGCACCAUGAACGGCAGGAGGGUGGUCCAGGCAGAGGCCAGAGGGGACCCCGAGGAGCCAGCCCCAGAGGAAGAUCAUUUAAUCGGUCACAAGAGAGGAGGCCGGAUCGGUUGGAGCAUGGAAAUUACCCUGUGGAAAACAACGAGCAUUACCAUGCCAGGAGCCCCUUUUCAGAUAGGUUACAACCCAAGAGGUCAGACUUUAGAGACCAUCGCCCGGAUAAAAGAUCCAGAGAUAUGGGUCAUUACGAGGAGCACAGUGGCCCUCAGAAGCCCUACAGCCGAAGUCCAGGCCGUGCACCUGUCAUUGUAGAGCACGACCAUGGUAUCUCCCAGCAUGGAGCAAUGAACAGAGGUGGAGAAGGAGACAGAAGAGAACAUGUCCAACAUGCAGGACCUCCACAGGACAGACACAGGAGGGAGCCAAGACAUGAUGCGCGAGAGUCAUCAAGGAUGGAGCCUCCCCCUAAGAGGAGGAGAAGUCCUCCUUCUCCUCCUCAUCAUCCUCAUCCUCCUCCCAAUGUUCGAGCAAGGCAAAAGCAGUCAUUAGAAGAUCAUGAUCUACCACAUCAAUUCCAGGAACGGCACACUGGUGCACCAGCUCUGGAUGUGGAUUUGAGGCCAGACAGAGUGGACCAUGGAAACUACUCAGGCCCAGCAAAGUGGGAACAGCAAAGGCCAGAUGUCAAACAACAAAGAGGAAAUACCGGACAGGAGAUUGCUCCGCCAAGGCCAUUGUUUCAGCACAGGAAUCUAAACGUGAACAGAGAGACGCCCGCAGUGCCAAGAGCUGAUACGAGCAAACGAGAAACCCUCCAGAUCAAGGUGGACAUGAAUCGCCCCGCGGGUCAAGACAGCUCUUCCGGCCACAACUCCGACAGACAGCUGUCUUUGGACCUCGUCAAUGUGGGUCGGCAACGACUGGACUUCUUGCCUAUGCUGGAGCAUUCCGGAACCUUCAGGGAGACCCAAGUGCACACUGGGACUUUUGCCCAGGAGAUAAUCACGUUGGUCCAUCAAGUCAAAGAAAUGUACUUUAAAGGUGAAAAUGUCACCCUGAACGAUCGCUUCUCCAGUGUUAUGACUGCUACUCCAGAGGAGGAUGAAGAGCCUGCCAUGGACAGAAGGAUAAAAGUUUCUGUACCCGAUACAAUGCCAAUUUUCUCAAAGAUUGAGAACAUGCAGGCACAGAAAAGGCCGCAGACCUGCGAUCCUAGUGACCUUCGUUAUGACCUUGAGAGGCGAAGACAGGAACGUCUAGAGGGUGUGAAGGUCACCAUUACUGGCGCCAGCUUCUCUCAAGCUACGCCUGAAAGUGUGGAAACUGAGCCUGUUUUUGAGGAGGAUGAGAGGCUUGGUGUUGAAGAGGACGACCGCUGGGCUGAGGAGGCCCCCGAGGGUCGGAGGGAGUGGGGUGGUCAAAUGCCUGACAUGCGUCAGAGAUUGCCUGGACCAAACCGGCGGAACUUCAAGCGCAGGUUUAACCGCCCUGGGGCUCAGCCCGGCCCCAACCGGCGUCAGUAUCACAACAAUGCCAACGGCGCCAACUGGUAAACAGUAGACUCGAGAGGGGUGCCAGUGUGUGGAGAAAGGAGAGAACCUGGUUCCACUGCCGCUUUCUUAAGAGGCGCAUGGAACAGUGGAACACCGGAACAUAGAACGUGAAACCGCUCUCUGUUCUGAGCAUCACAUCAAUUCAAAGAAAUCCUCAUGUUGUGAACAUAGUUCAGCUCUGUGAGACCUUUUUAAUCAAACAGACUUGAAGGACCUACUGUAAAUACCCUGUGUCAUGUGUUGUGCUUGUUUUAUUGUCUUUCAUAGUUUGUGAUUAAUGUAGAGAAAAUAACAUUUAUUUGUCCAAGUAUGAUUUGAAGAUUGAUCAAUACUUACUAAUCUUUUCUUACGCUACAGGUUAUAUUGUUUUAAGGACACUGAAAAUAUAAAAAUGAUUUGUUUGUUUAUUUUUUUGCCUUGAUGUGUCCCAUCGAAUAAACCAGUUCUUUCCUCUGG